AUGGCAUCCUCUUCGUCGUCGGUGACGGCUUUGCCGACUACACCACCCUCCCCAACACCAAAGCCAGAUAUGGAGUCCCAGACUGAUUACAACACCACCAGCAACAGCAAUCAUGUCCCUCACUGGCGUCUCGUACUGUCCCCUUCUCACCUCACGCCCGCCAUAUUGUCCCACCCCUACCCGGGAGAUGGCACAGAAUCCUCUCCCUACAUCGUCGACUUCCUCCCAGGGAAAUCCGACCCCUUCAACCCCAUGACCUACCCCAACUACAAGAAAUGGAUCAUCACGUUACUGCAGGCCGUCGCAACCCUGGCAGUGGCCUUUGCUUCCACCGCCUAUUCAGGAGGCGUUUUUGAAAUCAUCAGAUACUUCCAAGUCACGCCAACCAUGGCCACCCUGGGCAUCUCUCUCUUCGUCUUUGGCUUCGCCAUCGGCCCGUUACUUUGGGCGCCCCUAAGUGAAUUCUACGGACGCCAGCCGAUCUUCGCCCUGACCUACAUGGCCCUCAUGGUAUUCUGCGCCGGAGCCGCCGGGGCAGACACAAUCGAAACUCUCGUCAUCCUCCGCUUCUUCGCCGGAGCCUUUGGCUCAUCACCACUCACCAACUCGGGCGGCGUAGUAGCAGACAUGUUUGACGUCAACGAAAGAGGAGCCGCAGCCGGCGUCUUCGCAAUGGCCCCCUUCCUCGGGCCCUCCAUCGGCCCCAUCGUAGGCGGCUUCGUCGGCGAAUCUUUAGGGUGGCGCUGGAUCCAAGGCCUAACAGCAAUCUUCACCGGCACCCUCUGGCUCCUCUGCCUCCUCUACGUACCCGAAACCUACGCCCCCGUCCUCCUCCAAAAACGCGCGGCAGCCCUCACCUCCCACACAGGGAAAAUCUACAUCUCCAAAAUGGACCUCCUCGACCCCUCGACCAAGUCCCAAAAAAUAAAAACAACCCUCACCCGCCCCUGGGUCUUGCUCUUCAAAGAACCAAUCGUCCUCUUCACAUCAAUCUACCUCGCCAUCGUCUACGGAACCCUCUACCUCCUCUUCGCCGCCUUCCCCAUAGUCUACCAGCUCAACCGUGGCUGGUCCCCCGGCAUCGGCGGCCUAGCCUUUGUCGGCGUGGCCGUCGGUAUGGUUUUUGCCGUCACAUACGCCAUGAUCGACAACAAAACCCGUUUCAUGCCCCUCCUCUCCUCCGGCCUCGCGACCCCCGAGUCUCGACUCCCUCCCGCGAUCGUCGGGUCUAUUUUCCUCCCUGUCGGAUUGUUCUGGUUCGCGUGGACAAACGGCCCUGAAAUCCACUGGAUGGUCUCCAUCACUGCAUCCGCUUUUUUCGCCGCGGGGCUGGUGGCCGUGUUCUUGAGUUUGUUGACGUACAUGAUCGACAGCUACACCGUCUUUGCCGCCUCGGUCCUGGCCGCGAACUCGGUGUUGAGAAGUCUGUUUGGUGCGGCGUUUCCGCUGUUUACGACGUACAUGUACCAGGACCUGGGGAUUCACUGGGCGAGCACCGUCCCGGCGUUUCUCGCGUUGGCGUGCGUGCCUUUCCCCUUGUUGUUUUGGAAGUAUGGGGCGAGGAUCAGGAAGAGGUGCAAGUACGCGAGGGAGGCCGAGGAGAUUUUGGGACGGAUGAAGAUGAGUCAUGAGAGGAAGGAGAGCAGCGGCGAGGAGGGGAAGAUGGGAGGGGGUGUGUUGAGUGAGGAUGAGACGGUGAGAGGGGAAGAGACGGCCGGGGAGGAGGAAAAAGGGGUGAAGAUGUAACGGGGAGAGAAUGGGGAAGAUAAUGAAGGGGGAGUCCUUACUGCAUGGCGUUUUGGUUUGGUUGCUUGAUUUUGUUUUGGCAUAUCUUUUUGAGAUAUAUCACGGAUUACGGACACUGCCGUUUUGUUGUUUAGCAGUGGUCAGUAAGCUACAGCUAGAUUGUUUGGAUACCCUACUCUUUUGUUUAUGAUAGAUAGAAUCUCAAAAUGUCCG